AUGUCGGCGAUCCAGAGCGUGCAGGUCUUCGGCCGCAAGAAGACGGCGACGGCCGUGGCCUACUGCAAGCAGGGCCGGGGCCUCAUCAAGGUCAACGGCUGCCCCAUCGAGCUCCUCGAGCCCGAGAUCCUCCGCCUCAAGACCUUCGAGCCCGUGCUCCUCCUCGGCCAGCACCGCUUCGCCAACGUCGACAUCCGCAUCCGCGUCAAGGGCGGCGGCUUCACGGCCCAGAUCUACGCCAUCCGCCAGUCCAUCGCCAAGGCGCUCGUCGCCUACUACCAAAAGUACGUCGACGAGGCGUCCAAAACCGAGAUCCGCGACAUCCUCAUGUCCUACGACCGGACGCUGCUCGUCGCCGACGCCCGGCGCUGCGAGUCGAAGAAGUUCGGCGGCCCCGGCGCCCGCGCCCGCUACCAGAAGUCCUACCGUUAG